UUGACUGACCUGAAAGACCGCAUAGGCUACGACGCCGGCACUACCCGCCUGGAAGACGCCAUUGCCACGGCCACUGAGCACGGGUUCCAUUACCUGGACUUCAAUGCCGACCAGGGCCCCAAUCGCCUGACCGACUGGGACGAUAUACGGGUAGCUGCGGUAAUCCGAGCCGCGAGGGAAAGCGCGAUCACCCUAACUCUCCAUACCGCAUCGUCCAUCAACAUAGCCGAGUUUUCUCCCUACGUCGAUGAGGCCGUGGACCGGUAUCUGGAGGGCAACAUUGACCUGGCCAGGCAGCUGGGGUGUCACGGCGUGGUAACUCAUGGCGGUUACCACUUCAGCAGUUCACUGGACUACCGGAUGCAGUCAUCCCUGGAACGGUUGAAACGCGCCACUGAGUAUGCCGAGUCCGCUGGCGUCAACUUGCUCCUGGAGAACCUGAACUUCGAGCCUGACGACGCGGAAAUCCACUACCUUGCCCACACAGUCGAGGAAUGCCGCUUCUAUUUCAAUGCUAUUUCCUCGGAACGGUUUGGCUGGGCCUUCACCGUCAACCACGCCCAUCUGGUACCGGAGGAUGUUGAAGGCUUCCUGGACGCGUUUGGCAUUGACCGCAUCGGCGAGGUGCGCCUUGCGGACAACACUGGUGAGAAAGAAGUUCACCUCAAUCCCGGAGAGGGCAACAUCGAUUUUCCUGCUGCUUUUGGCCGACUGGAAUCCUCAGGCUACACGGGCUUCUACUCCAUGGCCUUCGGCAGCCUCGAAGACAAGCUGGCAGCCCGGGAAUACUUCGCCGGGUGCAUUGGCGGGUAA